UAUCAAUAACAUUCAUCAUCAUGUUGAUCAAUACUAAAUUCAGAUUUAAUCAUCUCAGAUAUUAUCGUCGAUGGCUUUCCUCGUCCAGCAAUACAGUUUUCGAACCCAAGACAAAAUCCGAUGAAAAACAUGAAACGACAACAUCAUCUGAAACGGUGGGCGAUAUUCACUUGGAACCGGUGCCGAUCAAAUCGAUGAAUAUUCUCUCGAGAAUCGAAACCUACGAAAAACAUGGAUCAUCAUUCAAUAAUCUUUUCAUCGGUCGUGCUGAUUGUGAUCUGUUGAGUUUUCCGUUUCUGCUACGAUCCCGUAAAGAAUUUCUGGAAAUGAGUGAUCAAUAUGAAAUGGUACGAACAACAUGGAAUCGAAUCAAAAAAGAUGAACAAACAUUAAAUCUACUCAAUUACAAUUCGCUGUAUAAGUUGAGCGUCAGUGAAAUGAUGUUCAUAUUCGAAGCUAUUGGUGCCAGCGUGGAAAAAAAUCUUCCGUUCGGCACGAAAGAAGAUCGCGAGAGUCGUUUCGAAAAACGCUUAUCCAAAUCAUUCAACAUUGAUUCGGCCAGCAAUCGAUUCGACAUUGGUGAGCAAGCUUUUUCCAGUUUUCACAAUAUUCGCGAAGCAAUCGAAACCAUAGUGCCGUUGAUCGAACGCAAUGCCAUCGUUCAUUAUGCAUUAAGUCGAUCGACCAAUCACCAUAUGCAAUCGGUAGCUGCCAGUGAUUCCAAAAUCGCCUUUGCAUUCGACGAAGAUUUCGAUUCGGAUCGUACCGAUAUCAAAGUGGCCAGUUGGUCCAGUCAAGCUCGUUUGACAUAUGAUUUCAAUUCGUGGGUCAUCUCCGGUCGAAAGAACAAUAUUAUCGAUGGCAACUAUUCGCAUUAUUUGAUCGUUUCGAAAACCGAUGAUUACACUGAAGUACAAGGUGUCAAUCAACUGCAAAACGAUGUGGGAAUUGUUGCAUUGUUAGUACCGGCCGAUCAAGUAAAAAUCGAACGGGAUGCUGCCGAUUUUCUGGCCAUCAAACAUCAACGAAUAAGCUUCGAAGACAUUGAAUUGAUGCGUGAUUCGAGCGAAGUAAUCAAUGCCACCAAAAAUCUUGCCGAAUUCAACAAUGUAAAAGGUUGCGGACAAUUGGCUGUAUCAGCAUUUUUGCUAGGACUACUUAAACAAUUACAAAAAAAUACCUAUGCUUAUCUGGUCAACAAUCGACUUGGUCUCACUGACUGUGAACUGGUUCAAUACAAGCUUUUCCGUUCAACUUGUCAGAUUUAUGGCCUGGAAUCGAUGAUCUAUUUGACUGCUGCUAUGUAUGAUUCAUUUGAACGUGGUGCCGAUUUGGCCGCCGAGUCCAUUACGGCCAAAACCAAAACUGUGGAAUAUGCUUACGAUGUGAUUAGUGAAUUGCGAUCCUUGUUCGGUUCUCGAUAUCCCUUUUCAUCCACUGUUCAUGAUCUAGUCUAUUAUUUGGAUUCCUUUCUCGACUCUACACUCAACAAUCGAAUGUUUUUGGCCCAAAACGCCGCCAAAUAUUAUAAAACAUUCGAAGAUAUGACUUUGAAUCGAUUAAGAUUUAUCGAAAAAGGACCAAUCAAUUCCAUUCAACGUUAUCUUCGACAAAGAAAACUUCGAAAACACGAAACUUUUCUGACGCGUGAAAUGACCAAAUAUGUUCAUCAUAAUCUCCAUACUGCCUGUGAUUGGAUUGAACAUUUAAUCAUUUUGCUGCAAUUCUCGAUGCAUUAUAUUUCUACCCUUCAUAAGGAAGAGAUGCAUCAACAGCACUUCGAUCUGAAUCGAUUAGUGGAAAUGGCCAUGGAUAUUCAGAUAAUGAUAUCAUGCCUGUCUCGUGCCAAUCAUGCCCUCUGCUAUGGAAUACGAAAUGGCCAUUCGGAGAAAGAGGUCUGCAUGGCUGUUUGUAAACAAUUAUUUCUCAAACAUUUGCAAACAUUCGACGAAAUUGACAAAAGAACCCUCACCAACAACGAUGAUUAUUGUCGAACAAUAUUCGAAACAAAUAUGACCGAACGCGGUUACUUUCCCAAACUAUUUCAAGUGGAAUGAUAAUCAAACCAGAUUUACUCCAAUGGUCUAGCAAAUCAAUCAAACAAAUUCAUCAUCAACGUCAAAAGAAAAAAUGUAUUUAUAAGACAAAAAGAAAAGGGAUACAAUUAUCAAUCAUUUUGUUUUGUUUUGGAGAGAGGAAAUGGGCAAAUACAACACUAAAAA